AUGCGGCACUUCCAUGUGGCGCUUGUCGUGGAUUUCCUAGCAGUCAGUGACCUUCUUGCAGGGUCACAAGAUGCAGAUACGUCGAGCACGACACUUGCGAGCUGCGCGGAAUCAUCAAUGCAGAGCACAUCUUUGGACGGUGUCGACACCACUACCACAACGGGAGAGGAUUCCAGCAGUACUGAAGAGGUCCCUGGCGAGAACGGCAUCACCUGUGAAAGUGAUUCGAGCUCUUCGUGCAUCGAGUUGGAAGGAACGGGAGCUGGCAUCCAACAUCUUCUAGCCGUACAGCCAAAAAGUGUUCCACAGCGGACUCGCUUCCUUCUCAAGCAAAAUGCUCGGCUCUCAGUGGGCACUUCUCGGAACGCGCAGCGGUUCCCCGCAAAAGUGUCCGGGGAUCGAUCAUGCUGGGAUGACGCUGUCGAAGAUGUUCUGAGGCAUGCCGGUCAACACAAAGUCAGUCGCACAUUUUGCAUCUUGGACAUUGAGAGAUGGCACCGCAUGCUCAUGCAGUCCUCAGAUCCAUCCCGCGCAGGGGUGCAGCGAACGGUCACUGGAGCACGCUGCGGCGGCCGGCGCUUUGUGCCGGGACCGCAUGUUGAAAGUGCGCUAAGCAAUUUCGUACGCAAGUCUUGGGACAUCAUGCAGCGUCGCGACAUCUCUGCCUGUGGUAAGGCAGCAUGGUGCUGCUAUCAUCUUGUUCGAAUCCAUCCCUUCAGUGACGGCAACGGAAGACUCGGACGUUUGCUCGCGCUUUGGGCUCUGCGUGUAUCUGGCUUUCCGCUGCUUGUUCAGCUUUGCGCGGCUGGCACGGACCGAGCGGUUUUCAUCGAAGCGUUCCGAGCUGCUGACAAGAAUCAUGGAAGCACGCUGCUGCUGGCAGCUCUGAUAGAAAAGAAAUGUGAGUUGGCAGCAAAAAUGUGGCACCGGGUGGGGCCAUCGGACCACGACACGACGAGUACUACCCCGGAGGAGUCUGAUGCUGCAGACACGUCCAGCACAACACCGUCACGCUCCGUCGACACCACUACCACCACGGAAGAGGCUGACGAGGUCGAUGAUGCAGACACGUCCAGCACAACUUCGACAACUACAGCAUAG